UUCUCAUGCAGAACGCGUCUCAUCCACACACACACACACACACACACACUGCUCUGCGUAAAGCUCUCACUGCUGUCCUUCCAUCGCCUCAUCCUCUGAAAUGGAGUGAGAUGUUGUAAGCUCUGUUUGUUAAAUCCGUUGACUGAGUGCAGUUUUAUAUAGGCUGUUGUCGCUUUUCUGCAGACGGGCUAUAGAGGAAACAACGUGCUUUGAAUGCAGAGCAGACUUUCUCUAGUACCGCCCGGGCUCCAAUCAAACCCAUAAAACAGAGAAAUUACUCCAACGAAGCGCAUUAGAGAUUAAUUUCAAUUAAAGGAUUCGUCUUACUGCCUUUCUUCGAAGGACAUCAGGCUCUGGGCUAUUCGAGAAGAAAAGCGUUUACCUUCUGCGGGAGGGGGACAUUAAAUUAAGCACAUCUAGGAGAGCAGCUGAUGAGAGAUCUCGCGCUUUGAGAUGCUUUAGUGAUUUGACCGGACUCAUGGCUUCGCUUUACCAGAGAUUCUCGGGGAAGAUUAAUACCAACAAUUCUUUUCCCCAUCCACCUGAAGCCAGUCAUCUCCUGGGUGGACAGGUUCCUGAGGAUGAGAAUAAGACUGGAAAGAGUCCUCAUCACCCCUCAACCCGACCUGCGGUCCAGUACCGCAAGAGAAACGCCUGCGAGGAUGAAGACGAACUGGUUGGGAGUAGCCCUCCGCAAAGGAACUGGAAAGGAAUCGCCAUUGCCCUGCUGGUCAUCCUGGUCAUCUGCUCUCUGAUCGUCACUUCCGUCAUUCUACUCACACCAAGUGAGGAUGACAGUCUGGCCUCCAAAAAGAAAGUCACGAUUGAGGACAUCUUCAAUGGAAAGCUCCAGGCACACGACCCUGAGGCAACAUGGCUUAGCGACACUGAAAUUCUGUACCGUUCCCGUGAGGGCGAUGUGGUGAAGCUCAACGUGCUGACAAAUACCUCCAAGAUUUUAGUGAAGAACCAGAUGUUUGAGAGUUUCCACAGCCAGGGAUCCUUCAAACCGACCAAAUACCAAGUAUCUCCUGAUCUAAAAUACGUGCUGUUGGCCUACAAUAUUGUGCCGCUUUAUCAGUAUUCCUUCAUGGCCCAUUACAUCAUCUGCAGCCUUGAUUCUCCAGAGAAAGUGGAACUGACCCCUAAUGAGGUGCAGAAUACCGCACUGCAGUACGCCGGAUGGGGUCCCAAAGGACAGCAACUGAUUUUCAUCUUUGAGAAUAACAUCUACUACAAAGCGCAAGUGAACACCCCACCAAAACGCCUGGUUUCCACAGGCAGUCUGGGGGUCAUAUUUAAUGGACUAGCUGACUGGCUCUAUGAAGAGGAGAUCUUCCAGAAUCACAUCGCUCACUGGUGGUCACCAGAUGGUCUCAGACUGGCAUAUGCCACCAUCAAUGACACUCUUGUGCCCAAGAUGGAGAUACCCAUGUUCACAAGCGCACUGUAUCCCAGCGGACAGGAGUACCGCUACCCUAAAGCCGGGGAGGAGAACCCUGAUAUCUAUUUGUCAGUGGUGAGUCUGAAUGGCCCUUUACACACAAUGAGGAUGAGAAAACCAGAAGACCCCAGAAUCAGGAAAGAGUACUACAUCACCAUGGUGAAGUGGGCGACCAGCACCAAAUUAGCAGUAAACUGGCUGAACCGAGCGCAAAACAACUCCAUCCUGACCCUAUGUGAAGCCACCACAGGCAUCUGCACCAAGAAACAUGAAGAUGAAAGUGACAGCUGGCUUCACAGACAGAACGAACCCCCGCUGUUCUCCAGAGAUGGUUUCAGGUUGUUCUUCACCCGAGCCGUUCCACAGGGGGGCCGAGGGAAGUUUUUCCACAUAUCCAUGUCCACUUCCCAGCCUAACAGCAGCGCAGACACGCUACAGUCCCUGACGUCAGGAGACUGGGACGUGACGCAGAUUUUAGCCUACAACGAGGACACCAAACUUUUAUACUUUCUGAGCACAGAGGACGAUGCAAGACGGCGUCACCUCUACAGUGCCAACACCACAGGAUCCUUCAACCGCCGCUGUCUUUCCUGUGAAUUCAGCUGUGGCUAUGUCAGUGGAUCAUUCAGUCCUGAUGCUAACCUCUUCCUUCUCAACUGCAAAGGCCCUGUUGUGCCACACUCAGCCGUGUACAGCACCAGAGACGGACAGUAUCAAAAGCUGCUGGAUGUGGAGACCAAUGAGGAGUUAAACACCACCUUGAACAACACACAGAUGCCCAAAGUAGAGUACAGAAAGAUCAGCAUAGAUGAUUACAGUCUGAACAUCCAGAUUCUGAGGCCAGCAGGGUUUAUAGACACAGCUCACUACCCCGUACUGCUGCUGGUGGAUGGCACCCCCGGUGGUCAGAUGGUGACAGAGCAGUUUCAGGUGGACUGGACCACGGUGCUGGUCAGCUCUUUCAACACCAUAGUCAUGAGUCUGGACGGCCGCGGCAGUGGAUUUCAGGGCACAAACCUCCUCCACCGCGUGAAGAAGAAACUCGGGGAGUUUGAGGAGAGAGACCAGCUGGAAGCUCUUAGAAUUAUCUCACAGCUGCCGUACAUUGACAUCUCAAGAAUUGGAGUUUAUGGAAAGGCAUAUGGAGGAUAUCUGACCAGCCGACUCUUGCGCUUGGAUGAACCUCCAAACGUGUUUAAAUUCAAAAUCAAGUGUGGCACCGCCAUCUCCCCCAUCACUGAUUUCUCUUUAUACGCUUCUGCAUUUUCUGAGCGCUAUUUAGGAUUACCGCAGUCCAAUAAGAGAGAGUAUAAGAUGACACGUUUAACAGACCACUUGGAGCAACUGAGGGACAAGAAACUCAUGAUAAUCCACCCGACGGCUGAUGAGAAAGUCCAUUUUCAGCACACAGCCAAAUUUAUCACCCAUUUGAUAAAUGAGAAGGCUAAUUAUACAUUACAGAUCUACCCAGAUGAAGGCCACUUCCUUCACUCGAAAGACUCACAGCAACAUCUAAGUCAGUCACUGGUCAACUUCUUCGUCGAAUGUUUCAGACCACCAGAGAUACUGAGUGAAGACAAACUUGAGCAGGACAACGAGGAUGAUGGUUAAAGUCCUAUUCAUAUCCAGCACAAGCCAGCUUACAGCCCAAUAUGCAAACUCCUCCCCUCCAUUACACCAUUCCUUCAUUCCCAUGUUAGUUCUGAUGGCUUCUCCUGAGCCUCUGCAUGGACCACGCCCCUCAACUCUGAUUGGCUCAUUGGAUCCAGGAAAGAGUUUGAAUGACUUGGUGAUAAAAUAACCUGUGGAGGUACAUGUUGAACCAUUUCAUAAUCACAGCACCACACAAGCAGUGUGAGAAAACUGGAGUGAUUCGGACGAACUGUCGAGCUCUUUUGCUUGUGUUCUCUAAUUCAUGCAUUGCUGACAGAAAGCUUUAAGAGAUGACAGCACAAUAUAAAGAAGAAUGAUUGGCCAGAAUACCGAAGCUGCAAAUUACUCAAUUAUUUUCCCUGCUGCAUACCAUUCUGAGUUUAAUACAGUUAUUGCAGAUUAGGGCCUUUAUUUGGGUAUAAAUGUCAUUGUGAACUCAUUUGUUUCUGUCAUCAAUGUCAAAGUCAUGAGGCCUGUUUGUGCUAAACGAAUUUGUGCAAAAUGUUCAUAAAACCAUUUAAUGUGUCAGCUGAAUGUGGCAAUUUAUGUUAAAAAAUUGCUGACUUCAUGUGCUAUCGGAAAUAAAGUCUAAAAGUCGUGAUUACGAGCUCAUCGCAUUCAAGUUUCGAAAUGGGAGAGGGCGUUCAUGUGCAAUUUUUAUCAAGGAAACUCGUAUUUACGAUAAUUCCGAGAGCACGUGAAGGCAGCAUAAAUCAUAUAAAAAGUCUUACAGGAAUUUGUUCUGAUUGUUUCAAAUGUGCUACAGUAAAACAGUUGCUUUAAAAUUGAUCUGUUGUAGUAACAAUCCACAGCAGCAUCCAUAUUGUUUGUUAGUGAAUCAGCCCAUUCUGAGAAGCAUAGUCUUCAAUUUAUUUUUUUUUUUUUUUUUGAGUGCAGCUGCAAAUGUCUAUUGAUAUUCAUUUAGUCACUGUGCCUUAUUGGAAUAAACCUGCUCUAGACAGGCAGUCCAUGAGGUAGGACGAAUAAUUUAUGGACAGAUUGGAAAAAGGUUUAGAAAUAGUUUUACGUUAUCAAAGAGAGGACUAAGAACCAUGCCACAAUCCUGCCAAAAACAUUUUCUUUACAGUCCUGUGUACUGGUUAAGUUGUAAAUUAAUACAGUAGAUUAACUGUGAGUACAAAAUUCAUAGGACUAGCGUCUUUGGGCAGGUAUGCGUUUUUUUUGUUUUUUUUUCUUUCUUUUUCUGUCAUACGUGGUUACAAAGGUUUUUAAAGAACGUUUUGCAUAGAAUAUAUUUUCUUGCUAUAAAAUUUGGCAUGGUGGCAAGAUGGUUUCUUUUGUGUUAAUGUAUCUAUUUAUGUGUCAUUACUUUUGACAGCUUGAAUGUUCCUAUGUGGUUCCACUGAAUUUAUUGUUGUAAGUGAAUUCCUGUCUUGUAAGCAGAUGCACUGAUGUGUAAAUUACUGUUUUGGUCCCUACUUGUGUGUACCUUGUACAUAAAGCAUUUUGAAAGCUA